AUGUUUCUAGCAGCCACUGCUCGUCCUAGAUUUGAUGGUGAAGGGAGAGUGGUAUUUUCAGGAAAUGUUGGAUGUUGGGCGUUUGUGACAGAGCAACCAGCCCAGAGAAAUAGCAGGAAUAGACAAGCUGACACAAUGGAGAUGAAGGCAAUCACAUCUGUUAAAAGGGAGAAUGUGAAAGCAUUUUUGAUUGAAAAGGUUAUCCCAGCCAUUAUUGAGAAAUGGCCUAGCUCCGAUUAUGGUGAAACUAUUUAUAUCCAACGAGACAAUGCUAGGACACACGUUCCUCCUAAUGACCCUGAUUUUGUAGCAGCAGCUUCACAAAAUGGCUUCGACAUUCGAUUAACUUGCCAGCCUCCUAAUUCUCCAGAUUUAAAUAUACUCGACCUUGGGUAUUUUAGGGUCAUACAGUCGCUACAACAAAAAAUGUGUGCAAAGAAUAUCCCUGAGCUUAUAAGUGCAGUAGAGAACGCAUUCUCCGACUAUUCACCCAUGAAGCUCAAUUACAUGUGGUUGACGUUGCAAUUAUGCAUGAAAGAAAUCAUGAAAUUAGAAGGAGGAAAUCGAUAUAAAGUCCCUCACAUAAACAAAAAACGCCUUCAAAGACUAGGACAACUUCCUACACAAAUUUCAUGCGAGGAUACCUUAGUGAAACGGUUUGAUUGGAGGUGGAUCGGAAGAACUUUAGUCGUGUCUGGAGAUUGCUUGACUGUAGUCUAG